UCAGCUCUACUUGCCUCUUACUGCGAAGGACCAUCCAUCCGUCGUACUUAGCGAGCAGUAGUGCUCCUGCAGUGAAGCAAGACAUUGUAUUCUGGAAUCAGUGUGCGUUGCAGUUCUGCAAUAUCUCCAUCCACACUCUGCAGUCAAAGCAUUCUUCUAGGUCUCCAAGUGCUGCAGGUCCGACGGGAAUAUCGCUCACUGAUAGCUUCUGCACUCGAUCCUUUUCUCCUCUGCGACUUGAGCUAGCACUUUCUGAAGAGCGGCAGACGUAGAAGGAAGCAGCUCCUUGCUGUACAAGGGGGAAAUUUCGACCCUUGACGCCGGACUUCAGACUCACAUCCAUCACAAAGCGGGGCUCCUUCAAAGCAGGAAAAAAGAAAUGGAUUUUCUGGUCCGCGUUUACACCUAUCUCGUCCUUCUAUUGGGAGUAAUUCCAUCAUAUACAGCAGAUGCCAAGGUUUUGAAUCUCAUGUGGAGUAAGGCUGGUGAUCCAGACUCUCUAGCAUUGACAAAGUCACACCGAGUCGAGGUUGGCGACGUCAUAGCUUUUUACUAUGGCACCGGAGCUCCGUAUCACAUGCACAUGAAACAAGGAGGAAGUGCUGAUGAAACCAGUACGUGGCCAUCUCCAACCCAAAAGGGUUCGAUACACAAAUUAUGGCAAUUCCGAGACGGGCAAUCAUUCGCCGUCUGCGAUUUUUCUCAUGCGACUCUUUUCGAUGACAGUGGGAAAGGGCAGUACAUGUGGAGAGCGCCGUCAAAGGGGACGUUUUACUUCGGAUUCUCGGCCGAGGACAAUCACUCGGAAGCUCAUUGUUCAUCGAGAGUGAAGCAAAUAAGAAUCACUGUGAUUCCCAAGGAGGUGAUCCAGUCUGCCGAGGACGAUGCACUUGCUCCAGCUCCUGCUCCUACAGCCGGCGGACCCGUCCCGAUUGUACCGGUACGUGGCCCAGCUCUCACCCCAUCCCCAACACCAGCUGCAGGCCCUGCUGCACCGUCUCCAUCUUCACCUCCCACCUCCACUCCAGCUCCAGUGCCAGCACCCACUCUCCCUGUCACUCCAGCUCCUGCCGCCGCCGCCACUCCCAUCAGCGAUCCAGCACCAGCUCUAGAACCCGCAGUCCCUUCUCCUGGCCCUGCCCCGGGAGUCGAAGUUCCCGUUCCAGCUCCCAAGAGUCUCAUAGCUCACCCUCCCCCUCCACCCGCUCAUCACCAUCCUCCUCCUCCCCCUCCUCAUUCUCACAAGCACAAUCACUCAGCUCCUGCUCCAGCUCCCUCGUCAUAUUCCGGGCCUCCUGCUCCACCUCUCGAAACACCGGAGCCUAUAAUCUACUCACCGGACGUGUCUCCUGCUGGUGAACCCACUCCACCGAACGAUGGAGUCGUCGUCGAGGCGCUUCCAUGGGGCGCAAUGGUGAUCGCAGCGGCAGCAGCUGUCUUCGCCGCUUGAGAUAUGGUCUUCCAUAUAGCAAAGCCAAUUGCGGUCCACACAUAUCGUCUUCAAUUUUGACGCCCUCCCUCGAUCGAGGAUUCUGAGGUUUGGUGGCACAAACCUCCGAAGCUUCUAGAGGCACGAGCUUUGAGACUAUGCUUGACUGCAGUUUUAGAUCUUAGAGGUUUAGAGUGUCCCGGCAACUCGCGACGACGUUCUACUUCCCUCUUCUUUUUUUCACUUUCUCUUUGCGGCUGCUACUGAACGCUGCAAGGCCUCAGUCGUGUGUGAGUCUGAUCAGUCACCCGUGUACACGGUGAGAAGAUCACACGGAGGCACCAGCUUGGACUUGAAGUUUGCUCAAACAAUAAAUUGUGUGUGUGUUUCAUUUCAUGUACAAACUGGUGUGCUGAUCAUGAC